CGCCGCGCCGGCCGCCUCCCUGCUGGCGGGACCCGGGAGCGGCGCCGCGCUUCCCGGCGCUUCCCUGCCCUUCCCGGCGCUUCCCUGCCCUUCCCGGCUUCCCGGAGCGGCCCCGGGGUGCUGCUGCUGGAGCUCUGUUCUGACUUUGUUCCCUCAGCCCUUCCUGCCAGAUUGUAAUGUUUUUAUGAUAUGGAAGAAUCAUCUUGGGAACUUGUCAAGUAAACGUAUAUACAGUCAACAAUUCAUUCUCCAGAGUUUAUGGUUUAUGCAGCUUGAAAAGCUGUCUAUUGACCAUCAUGAGUUCAUCCUCUCCAGUCAACUACUCUGUCACAGAAGAUAGAAACUUACAUAAUGAGGAAUGUGAGCUACUGCAGAAGAGCAAUAAAUCAGAAUUGGAUGCUGUUUUAGGUCUGAAAUGGAAACUUCUUCAAGCUAAAAAAGAAAAUUUGGACUUGGCUAUUCAACACAAUCAAGAAGUGUCCAACUAUGAAAAACAGAUAAUCAAAUUACGGUCAGAAUUUGAGAGAGGAGAGGCCAUUCGACAAGGUCUGGAGUAUGAAUUGGCAGUUGCCAGAAAAGGUGCCCAUCUGAAAAUGUGUAGUGCAGAAGAAGAAUUAAGUGAUGCAAAAAACAAACUUGUGGAACUGCAAGUACUCAAUGAAAACCUUCAGCAGAAAGUGACAGAGACUGAGGAAACAUUUCAUAAUGCUCAACAGAAGUGGGAAGAGGAACAGCAGAGACUUGCGAAGGCGAAGGAUGAUAUCAGCAGAAUUUAUAACAAUGAAUAUGUAUUCCUUCUUAAAGAAAGAAAUGAAGUAGAAACUAUUUUACUGGAGCUGAAUAAUGAACUACAAAAUAUACGCAAGAAAUUAAAAGAUGUGGAGGUGGAACACAGUGGCUGUAAUGAGGUGCUGAGAUGCCAGGCCAAUGAACUUAAAUGCAGCAGUGAACGAGAGAAGAGACUUUUAAAAGAACUUGAAGCAGCUGCAGUGAAAGCAAAGAAACUGGAAGAAGACAUUGAAGCAGAGAGAGCAGCACAUUUAGCAUCCAGUUUCACUUCAGAGAUAAUCCAGUUAAGAAUUCGAGAACUUGAAGAAGCUGUGCGUGUGGAAAAGGACAGACGAGAAGAAGCUCUUUCAGAUUUAGAAAUGAUGAAGAAAGAGUUCAAAGGGUUAGAAUAUGCAUAUGAGAGAGAAAAACACAAUGCCCAGGAGAACUUGGAAAAACUCAAUAUAUUAGAGAAAGAGUGUUUCUCCUCAAACAAUCAAAUGAAAGAAGUGAUUGAGGAGAAGAAGAAGGUAAUUAUGGACCUCUCUGCAAGACUAGGGAAUGCUGAAAAAAGCUGCAGUGAAUUACAGAGAGAACUUGCAGUGGCCAAGAAACACCAGGUCUUUCUAACAGAGACGUAUGAAAACAACAUGAGAGAGCUGGAGUUACUCUUGGACAGCUUUGCUAUGUCAGGCCAGCGGACAGCAGGCACUUGUGAGGACAAAGAUAAACCUCUGAGCUGCUCUGUCGUUGAGACUUUGAGGUGUACCUUGACAGCUUACCAGAACAAGCUGGAAGAUACGUCUAAUGAGCUUGAGAAAAUGAAGGCUUUGUGUAAAAAGACAACAAAAGAACUUGAGGUAUCUGAGGAGAAAAUGUGUGCUUUAAGACAAGACCUGAAGGAAGUUCAGGAUACCAUGGCUGAUACCAAGAAAGAGUUAAACUAUCUGCACACUAAGUGUGCAGACAGAGAGACCUUAAUAGAAACUUUAAAAAUGGAACUGCAGGAUGUACAGCAAUGCUGGGAGAAAGAGCAAGUACGUGCCACAGAAUCUGAAAAUGAAAUCCAGAAGCUUACCAGGGCUUACCAGAAGGAUACGGAGGAGAAACUAACCUUCCUUCAUAGCUUAUACCAGCAUUUGAUAGCAGGCUGUGUGCUUAUAAAACAACCAGAAGGCAUCCUAGAUAGAUUCUCUUGGCCUGAGCUUUGUGUAGUCUUGCAGGAGAAUGUUGAUGCCCUGAUCUCAGACCUCAACAGGGCUAAUGAGAAGAUAUCUCACCUGGAAUAUGUUUGUAAAAACAAGUCCAAUACUAUGAAGGAGCUUCAGCUGAGUCAGGAAGAUGCUUUUAACAAAAUGGCUGAACAAAUGAAAGCCCAGGCAAGCUGUUGGCAGAAUGAAAAAAAGUAUCUGGAACAGCAGUACUCAGGUCUCCUUGGGGAAGUUCAGGCAAGGGCACAGGAGUACCAAGAAGCAGCAGAGAAAAAUAAAGAAAAAAUUUAUGUCCUUGAAAAAAGCCAAGAGAAAUUGGCUCUUGAAAACAUUUCUGUGAAAAAGAUGUUAACACAGUUUCAAAAGGAGCAUUCCUCCCUCCUGGCAGCUUGUGCACUACUGGCAGGGGCCCUGUAUCCUCUGUAUGGCAGACUGUGUGCUAUGUCUUCCCAAAGAGACCUUCUCCAGGAUCAGGCGAACAUUUAUGAAUUAGUGAACCAGAAGAUUAGGACCUUAGUUCAUGCUCUCUCUGAUGAUAAGGAAAACAAUCAGGAUGAAGCAAAACUAAAGAGAAGAAAAUCUCAGGGCCUGAUUUAUGUAUUCCGAAGAGCUGUGAUUGCAGUUUUGGCAGCCAACAGACUUAAGGUUUUAGCACAAUCUUCUAGUUCCCUCUUCACCUGGACAAAUGGCUUAAAAGAAGGCAUUGGAAUUCCUGUUUGUGUAGGAGAAUCCAAAGGCAAGCGUAAUCUGUUAAGUUGUGAAGAUGAAGAGCUUGACUGUGUGGAAGCACUCAGCUGGUUUGCUAGUUCCGACCUCCUUGCUGCAAUAAUCAGUUCUGUCACUGAAUUGCAGGAUGUUGUCAACAAACCAGGUACAAAGUCCUGGCUUUCUGGAAAGUUACUGUUAAAUGCAGCCAGGAAUUCAUUUUCAAAACUUAUGGACAAGCUGAGUGUUAUAAUGGAGACGGUUCCAUUACACCACUGCAAGUGCAUUACUUAUCUGGAGAAAGACUCCUUGGUACAGUGCCUGGCUCAUGGACUCAAUAAAAUAAAUAACCAGGCCCUGGAAGCUGGAUUGUGUGACAGAGUAUCCAGUAUGAAAAACAUAGAAUCCUUGCAGAAGCAAAUAUUUGAAUUUACACAAAGACUACAUACAGCAGAAGUGGAACGCCUCUCACUGCGCCUACAACUUGCAGAAUUCAAAUCAAAUUUCAGCGAGAUAAAAAAAGAAGCAGACAAAGCACAGAGGCUGCAAGAGCAAUUAAAUAUGCUUAAGCAAAAAUUAAUCACCCAUGAGAGGUUUGAAAGUGUAUGUGAAGAAUUAAAUAAUGCAUUACAUCGGGAGCAUCAGGCACAAUUGCUUUUGAAUGAACAAGCACAACAGCUACAGGAGUUAAAUAAUAAACUAGAACUGCAAUCCAGUGAAGAAGCAGAUAGAACCCAAGUCUUAAGUGAAUCUGUAAAGAGUCUCUCCGAGGCAACGAUGGAGCUGAGAAGAAGAGAUCGAUUUCUGCGUCAGCAAAAUAGACUUCUUACCCAGCUGGAGCAGGACAAGCGUCGACUGAGCGAGAGCAUCCGCGAUGCAGAGAGUGCCCUCUGCACGGCAGCCAAAGAUAGAGAAUUGAUCAUUAGUCAUAUGAAAGCUGUAGAAGACACUCUUCAUAAGAAUUCCAGAAGUCAACAAUGUGCGUACUAGAUCAUCUGCCUUUGGGUAUAUAGGGGUGUAACAUUCUGCAAACAAAAGCAGGACAAAUCAGAGCCAAGGGAAAUAAUCUCUGUGUGUGCUUCUAAUAUGCCCCUGGACCAGAGAUAAUUUACACCACUUUCUGCCCUGCACUAUGAGUGGAUGAAACAUCUAGUAUCAUACAUUUGACUUUGUCAAAAAGUGCCUGGGCAUGCUUGUGCCCAGAGUGAUUCUUUCAAGACCAUUGUGGAGCUAUCUUUUUAAUCUUCGUGAAUAUUUAUGAAGCAUAACCAUUGAAGAACUUGAGCACUGGAUAUGCUAAGAAAGAAAAUAUUUUUAGCAAUUAGUUUCCUGUCCUUCAUAAAUUACAAGAUGUUCUUUAGAAGGUUAUUUUUUGUCUUACCCUGAGUCUUGUCACAUAGCUAUCUUUAUCCUAUGCCUGGAGCUGAAUUAUUUCCACAAAAGUUCCUGAUAAUAUAAGAGAUCUUUCUUCAUCUUAUACCAUCUAAAUAUUAUGGACAAAUACCUAAAUGCAAAGUGAAUGUUUUAACAAAAAAAAUCAAAACAUAAUAUGCCAAGGACAAACAGAGACCUCAAGAGGAUUAUGGUUUGGUUCAGUUUUAUUCUCAAAUACUGAAGAUGACCAGAAGGUAAUAGCAAAAUGAUAACAGAAAUAAAUAAAAUUUUACUGAAAGAGUGAUGAAAGGAAAUUCCAUCUACUUGAAGUUCAAACAUAGAAAGUUUUCUUAAAAUGUCUUCUAAUAAAACGAAAAAUAAGAACGUGUCUUAUUAAGAACAUGUCUUAUUUUAAAACCCAUGGGCAGUCCUUUUUUUAUGUAUGAAAAAUAAGUUAUUUCUUGAAACACUUUCCUCUCAAAACGUUGAGGUUAUUUUUUGUUGUAAAAUAAAUCCUUGUUAUGCUUGCUGAUAAACUGUGUUCCAUUAUUAAUUUCCUCUUGAUUUCUUAAUAUUCUGGUUGUAUAAACAGGUAAGAGAUAUUAAAUCUCUUCAUUUCCAUUACUAGAUUCUUUAAUGUGUAGUUAAUCAUCUAUUAGUUAUGGUAAUAAUUCCACUGUUGUGGGUGCAAUCCUUGUAUGGGCCAGUGAUUUAAAAGUGGACUUCAUGAUCUUUGUGGGUCCCUUCCAGCUCAGAAUAUUCUGUGAUCCUGUAAUCCCAUCAGAGGAAGAAAUAAUUUUACACUAUCUCUGCUGAAAUCUUCAGCUUCCCCUUGUAUUGCUUUUCAGUUUGUAUUGCUUUUUUGGAUUAGCCUUGGCCAACAAGCCAGAUGCCCACCCAGAUGGUCUCUCAGUCCUCCUCUAGAGGGCAGGGAGACAAAACAGGAUUGAGAUCUAGAUAGAGACAUUGCAUAGUAGUUAUCAUCACAGGUAGAACAGCUGACCUGGGAAAACUAUUUUAAUUUAUUUUUUGAAGUAGAUUUGGAGAGGUAGAAACAAUUUCAAAAUUAGCAUUACCCUGCCUUUUAAUCUCAGCUUCACUUGUGACUGCUCUGCUCAUGUUGUGAGGCACAGGCGUUUGCAGUCAGUCCACACCCACUCCUCUCUGCAGCUCCAACCUCCUCAUGCUGUUUCCCUGCAUCACUGUGGGCUCUCCAUGUGGGCUGCCAUCUUUCAAGAAUAUCUGUUUCGGCAUGGGCUCUCCAUGGAUAUUAAUUCCUUCGGGAACUAUUCUGAAGGAUUUCCUCGACCUCCUCUGGAAGGGGAUCCUUCAUGGAAUAUGGUGUGGAUAUGCCCCAACACAGCCCUCUCUCUGUGCUAUGAGGAAAUACCUAAUCCAGUGCCUGAAGUGUUUCUGCUUCACUUCUUUUUGACUUAGAUAUUCAGUAUUUUUGUUCCCUCCUUCUCUUCCUGUGUGAUGGGUUUUUCUCAUUCUUAAAUUCAUUUUCACAGAGGGGCUGCCAGCAGAGCUGUGGGGCGUAGCUGUGACCUGUGGUGGGUCAGGAGCCAGAGGUGUCUAGAACCCACUUUGUCCUGCACGCAUCCGUCCUCACAGAGACUGCACCUGGUACACUGCUAUAGCUGCCUCCUUUUCAACCUGCCUAAAUCUCUGUUCUCUACAUAUAGCCUGUGCUAUACACCACCAUGAGAAGUCAUUCUAGUGAGCCAGUCUUCAAAGUGACAGAAAAUUUUUUGUUUUCCCUUGUACUCUUAACUAUCAAAAUCUUGGCAAGUUUAGUCUAUCGUAGUCUGUCCUGUCUGCUUAGGAUUUGGCUGUUUUAGCAGAUUAAUCAAAUACAACAUGCUCACUGUUUUUCCCAAUACCACAGUUAGCAACCUACGCAUUCUGACACUUGGGACACACCAGCACACCAGUGCUUUGAUCACUUUGGAAUCAAAGCACCUAUCCAGUGUGCUCCUUUCCUUCUGGCACUUGGAGAGAAGAAUUAUUCUUUGUCCACUUCUGUAGUGCAUUUCAUUUCUGCUGAUUGAAAGGUUCAUAUGCUAGCUAGCAGAACAACAUCCAUGCAGAUGUGUCAGCAGUCAUGCCUUGAAAUCCAUCCACUGUUGUGUUUCAUUGCCUCGCUGCGACCCCUGUUGUCUCCUUUGAAAUGCCCCUAAACUGCUUAUGAGAUUUGGGUCCCAUGACUCUAUCAUUGAAAAAAAUAUGAACACUGUAUCAUCCGUCCCAUAAUAUAUUUUUUUAAAAUACAAAGACAGAACUAUAUUUGUUUAUCUAAUUUAAUGUUUGGGUUUUUAUAAUACAGCACAUAUAAUACAGUUAUAUAAUACAGUUGGAGAUGGGGUGAGGCCAUUGAAUACUUGAGAAUUAGUAAGGUUGUAACAGUAGGUUGUUAUUUCUGAUGUGGUCCAUAGUAAUCAAAUGCAUUUCCUUGUGAUGACAGUUUUAUGGCCUGCAAGGAAUUAAUUUGCAAUAGGUUUAAGUCCAUAUACAAGUGACUACAUCGGAAAAAACACUCAAGUAUAAGUGGCAAUAAUUGUUAGUUGCAGCAGCGAGACCACAAAUUGAUCAGGUCCUGGAAGAAGAGAACACUUAUGAGACUUAAGUUAGCUGUCUCUGUCAGACUGCGGUAGAUAUGACCUGACACAUUCAGGUAUACUGAUCAGCCACGUUUCUCUCAGUAAACUGGGAUCUAUAGUACAUCAUAUUAUUUAGUUAUCUCAAUAAUGAUUUAAAAGCCCUCCUUUUAGAGAUCUCAACUUAAUUCUUUUUUGCCUAACCUACCGACACUCCCAAGAUGGUUUAUCUGUGUGUUAGACACAUGAAUAUUAAGUGUGAAGCCUGCUUUAUAUGUGUGCUCAAAGUCUGUCCGUCACUGUGGUCCUGUCGGAUCUCAAGAUCUCAGUUCUGAGAUGCUGAGCCUCCGAGACCAGCUU